UGUAAUUACUCAAAUUUGCAGAUGGCUGUAACACUAUAUGCCAUGUAGUUUACAUCAGUAUUUCAAACAAAUUGUAGGCUAUUUAAAUGUAACAUCCGGGUGACAAAUGCGCAGGUUUUUGAAGUGGCUUUCUUUCAUCUGUCAACAAACCAAAAAGUCCCCACCUGGUUUUGGGGCACCCCAGACCCAGAGAAGAACACCUAUCUACAACACACAGCGGCAGCUGAACUUCCAGAGAGGUCCGGCUGUGCAGACACACACACUGCUCCACCAGGAGGCUUCCACUCACAACCUCACACACCCACUAAGCCUGUCUCCCAGCACACCACCUGAACCACCUGCUGGAUGUCCACUAUGGAAGCGGGUCAGAAACGAACCAGCCGCGGCGGAGCCGCCACCCAGCUCACCCCGACUCGCAUUUCCCGCCUGCAGGAGAAGGACGACCUGUGCAACCUCAACGACCGGCUGGCCGUCUACAUCGACAAGGUGCGCUCGCUGGAGAUGGAGAAUGCUGGGCUGCGGAUGCGCAUCACUGAGUCCGAGACCGAGAUCAGCCGUGAGGUGACGGGCAUGAAGGGGGCCUAUGAAACGGAGCUUGCCGACGCCCGAAAGACCCUCGACUCGGUGGCCAAGGAGCGUGCCCGACUGCAGCUGGAGCUAGGCAAAGUCCAGGAGGAGUACAAGGAGCUCAAAGUCAGAAAUGGGAAGAAGGAGUCGGACCUGGAGGCAGCUCUGGCCCGGCUGAGGGAUCUAGAGGCUCUGUUGAACUCUAAAGAUGCCUCUCUGUCCACUGCCCUGGGGGAGAAACGCUCUCUAGAUGCUGAGGUCAGGGACCUGAAGGCCCAGCUAGCCAAGCUGGAGACCGGUCUGAGCGACGCUAAGAAGCAGCUUCAGGAUGAGAUGCUGAGGAGAGUGGACGCUGAGAACCGCCUGCAGACCAUCAAGGAAGAACUGGAGUUCCAGAAGAACAUCUACGGAGAGGAGCUGAGGGAGUCCAAGCGCAGGCACGAGUCUCGCAUGGUGGAGAUUGACAGUGCAGGAACAAGGCAGGAUUACGAGAGUAAGCUGGCUGAGGCCUUGAUAGAGCUGAGAGCCCAGCACGAGGAGCAGGUCCGCAUCUACAAGGAGGAGAUCGAGAAGACCUACACCUCCAAGCUGGAGAACGCCCGUCACUCUGCAGACAGGAACAGUACCCUGGUGGGGACGGCCCACGAGGAGCUGCAGCAGACUCGCGUGCGGAUGGAGGGCAUGUCCUCCCAGCUCAGCCUGCUGCAGAAACAGCUGGCGGAAAGGGAGGCCAGGGUGCGUGAGCUGGAGGAGUCCCUGGCCCGGGAGCGGGACAUGAUGCGCCGGCGCCUGGAGGACAAGGAGAGGGAGAUGGGGGACAUGCGCAUGCGGAUGCAGCAACAGCUGGAUGAAUACCAGGAGCUGCUGGACAUCAAACUGGCCCUGGACAUGGAGAUCAGCGCCUACCGCAAACUGCUGGAGGGAGAGGAGGAGAGACUGCGUCUGUCCCCCAGCCCUCCCCCAACCCGAGUCACCGUGUCCCGUACUACCGGCUCGGGGUCAGCACACACACUUACCACCCGUACCUCGGGCUCAGGACACAGCCACAGCGGCCGCAUGGUCCAGUCCACCAGCGGCAGCCGCAACUCCUCAGGCACGGCCAGCGCCAAGAAGAGACGUCUCAUUGACAACGACAGCGAGACCUCCAGCCUGGCGGGGGGUGCCGUGACGCGUACACGCAUCGCCCAGCAGGCCUCCGCUAGCGGCCGCGUCACCGUGGAUGAGGUGGACCUGGAGGGGAAGUACGUCCGCCUCAGCAACAAGGCCAACGAGGACCAGCUUCUGGGCCACUGGCAGGUGAAGAGACAGGUGGGCACCAGCACCCCCAUAGUCUACAAGUUCCCCCCCAAGUUCAACCUCAAGGCAGGACAGACUGUCACAAUUUGGGCUUCAGGAGCAGGCGGCACCCACAACACCCCCUCAGACCUGGUGUGGAAGACCCAGAACUCAUGGGGCAGCGGAGACCUGUUCCAAACCACCCUGAUCAGCGCCAAUGGAGAGGAAAUGGCACAGAGGAAAGUUACACGCACCCUGUUCCAGGAAGAUGAUGACGAUGACGGCAACCACAGUGCGUGCGGUGUGGACAGUGAGUACAACCUGCGGAGCCGCACAGUGGUCUGUGGCUCGUGUGGCCAGCCAUCUGAUAAGAGCUGUGCCACCUCAGGGGUGUCCAGCGGCUCCUGCUCCAUCAGCAGUGGAGGAGGUCUGCCUGAGGGCCUGAUGUCUCCUCUCUUCAUAAUGGGCAGCAACUCACCCAGACAGGGAGGUCCCAGACCGGAGAACUGCUCCAUCAUGUAAAGCCAGACAGGCACCACCUUACCUGGACAUGAACCUCCCACACAUGGAUGGGAAGACGCCUUCUUACUCUUUAUUUCCUUUGUUUCAUAUAUGAUCUGUCUUAUUUUGUAUGCCAUAAUCGGUAGGUUAGAUUGACUUUGGUGUUUGGCGAAGGGCUUAGGAGCUACGUAUUCACUUCAGAUAUAUGAGCUUGUAUAUUCUAGAUAUAUUGCAUGUGGACUGGGCAGACACUUGCACUGUUUUGGGCCAUAUCUAGCGAGAGAGGCACAGAAAGCACCUUUAACCAUUUUUAACCAUUACAGUGGACUUUGAUCCAUAGUGGGCUUUCGCGUCUCAUGUCUAAGCUGUCAACAGUAAACACGCACAGCCGCAAAUCCUGCUAUGAAUCCGUGGACAUGAGGGCUGGAACCAGGGAUCUCUGCCCUGGUAUUCCACAUACACUACCAUAGAAUGUCCUGAAUGUCACUAAAUAGAGAUGGAGUUAAGCCCCUCUGACUCCUAUAGGAUUAUGGGGGUUUGUAUUAGACUGAGCGAUGGGAUUGGUCAUUCUAGAGCCAUAGUUACAAAGAGGAGCUCAAACUUGACACUGCCAUCAAGGUGUUUAUAUUUCUGAACACAAGACAGUAGUUUUUUUUGUGGAAUGACAUCUAAAUUAUGACUCAUGUAACAAUCAGACUACUAUGGUGAUAUGGAUAUAGGUUCCAAAUUGUGACUUGUUUUCACAGGCUUGAAAGAGGUUUGUAGUUGUUAAAGAAAGGAAACCAAACGAGAUGAGCACACGGAUAUGGGGAAGACAAAGUAGUGCUGCAUUGUAAGGUCUUGACAUGACUGACCUCUGACCUCACCUUUGUCUUGUAUGAAAAAACAACAAUUACUGUAGAGCAACUCAUCAGAUCUAGACACACAAAUAUGAUUUCUAGGGACUAUUUUGCUGCAUUUUGAAUCUGAGAUAAUUGCCAGAUGGAUUAUAGUAAUGUUACUGUAACGUUCUAUUAUGAUUUAGCAUUUUUAGUGAUGAGGGAAUGUGGCAGCUUGAGAAAUAGAUGUUCUGGUUUGUCAGACUCUAAAGCACAGGUGUCAAACUCAUUCCACGGGGGGCCGAGUGUCUGCGGGUUUUCGCUCCUCCCUUGUACUUGAUUGAUGAAUUAACAUCACUAAUUAGUUAGGAACUCCCCACACCUGGCUGUCUAGGGCUUUAUUGAAGGGAAAAACCAAAAACCUGCAGACACUAGGCCCUCCAUGGAAUGAGUUUGACACCCCUGCUCUAAAGCCAGAAAUUGUCUGAGUUGGAAGUGUGUUGAUUUAAAUGAAAGCACACUGCUUACCUUCUCAUGACAGCAUUGCAACAAUGUAUACAUUAUGUACCUUUGUUUGUAUCCGGUGUAGUGUCAGAAAGAGUGGGUACAGAUAGUUAGUAAGUAAGCCUUGGACAAGUAAGCCUGAACGGCCUAUAGGGGAAGUUGGACUAUAUGGUAUUAUCUGGCAAAAAGUUGACUUUAUUAAUGAACUACACAGUAUGUUGCAUUGCCAAACAUGUUGCUGCCAUAUUUUCAGUGUAAUCAAUUACUGUGUUUACAUUUAAAUGGUGCAUAAGAACUCGCUUUGACAAGGUCAGAGAGUAUUUACUUGAGAAGGAAACCUAAAUGAAACUUAAAACAUCAAUUCCUCAUGAUAUGAUGCCAAUCCUCUGUAUUCAUGUAUUGUAGUCUUGAGACUGUUGUCCAGAGGCCUCUCUCCCACUAACGGAUUAUAAUAGCUGUGUUUUUCUGAGCUUAGUGGCUUUGCUUUUGGGUAUGUUUAUACAUUUUUUGGGGGUGGGGGGCUUCUUAUUUCUUUACAACUAUGUCAAAAAUGAGCUAUAAUCAUGUACAAAGAUUUAUCCACUGCAUAUUAGAGGCAUGUACUAGUCUGGCAGCCUUUUUUGUAGGAUGUAUAAGCAGUAAAGAUUUUCUGAGAAUACUUGAUCGUUUUUGCAACGUUUGUUUUUUUUGUACUUCAGACACAUUUCUAUCACUACCAAAUAUUAGAAAAGGUGCUUAUUCUCACUGUUAACCGAAACACCUUAGAGAAGCUCAAAAUGAUUUACUUUGUCACUUUCAGUAUUUCUUUUCUCAUCAUGUCUCAAGUGCCUUAUUGAUACCGGCUAGUGAUCAUUGAAAAUUGUAUUCUUUUUGCAUUAUGAAGUGUCAAUUCCAAAGAUAUGCAGUAUUGUCUUUAAAGACAAUGGAAAUUAUAGAUUUACAGAGUGUUGGCUAUACUUGCAUAUUUGUACGGAAAUUGUCCUAGUACAUAAUGCUCAAUUGAAUUUGUAAGAAAUGAUUAUGCCUAAUAUGGAAAAACCAUGCAAUCCAGGUAGAAUGUAGUAGUGAUUUACAAUGUUUUGCCUUUUAUGUUUGAGACCAGUAAAAUUAUUUUCCCAACA